CCGUCAGGAGGCGGGACUUGAGGCGCCGAUUGGCCAAGGCGGGUACCGAGGCGGAAGCGGUAGGUGCGCCCAGCGUCGCGUGUCUCACUCUACGGGGAGGUCGGGAUGGAGGCGGCGGGGCCCGAGCUGCGGGAGCAGCUGGUGUCCGACCUGCCCCCCGCGCUGGCCUUGCUGGGAUCGCUCCAGGAGCAGGUUGUUGGGGUCACGGCCCAUGUCCAGGGGCUGCUGCAGCGAGUCCGGGCCGGUGCCUUCCCCACGGAGAAGGGGCUGAGUUUCCUGGAGCUGAAGGCCCAGCUGCUGCUGCUCUAUCUCCAGGACCUGGCCCAGCUGCUGCUGGAGAAGAGCUCGGGACGCUCCCUGGCCGCCCAGCCAGCUGUCCUGCGCCUGGCUGAGCUGCGCACGGUAUUGGAGAAGAUGCGCCCCAUCGAGCAGAAGCUCCGGUAUCAGGUUGACAAGCUGGUGAAGGCAGCUGUGACGGGUGCCGUGGGAGACGACAAUCCGCUGAGAUUCAAACCGGACCCUGGGAACAUGAUGAGCAAGCUGAGUGACGAGGAGGUCGGGACGGAAGGCAAAGCUGCCGGGAAGAAGCCCCUGGCCAAAGGAGGGGUCCGGAAAUACGUCCCACCCCGGCUGGUACCGGUGCAUUAUGAUGAGACGGAGGCCGAGCGGGAGAAGAAGGCCCUCGACCAGGCAAAGAAGCGAGCACUGAGCAGCUCCGUUAUCCGGGAGCUGAAAGAGCAGUUCUCAGAUGCGCCGGAGGAAAUCCGCGAAGGGCGCUACCUGCAUGCGACCAGGCAGAGCCAGGAGGAUGCGCACCGGAGGAGCUACGAGGAGGCCAUGCUGGUGAGGCUGAACUUGAGCCGGCAGGACAAGGCCCGGCGGCGCCGGGUGGCUGCGAUGGGGGCCCAGCUCCACUCCCUGACCCACUUCGGUGACAUCAGCGCUCUGACCGGGGCAGCACCCCUCACUGGAGAGGAUCUGAGCCCCCCGAAGAAAAGGAGGAAGAAGACAAAUGCAAAGAAAGGAAGGAAAAAGGGUGAGUGUGAGGGCAGCCCCCUCUGGCCCAGCAGUCCCAACUUCAGUCCCCACCCCCAGUCCCCUUUUUAGAGCCCCUCAAAAUCCAGUGACGGGAGGUUCCACAGGUGAACAGCAGCCCAAGGAGUUUCUAGACCUAGCUGGGAGCCCGGUCACCGGGGUCCUGGCUCUGGAAGGAGAGUGGGCUGUAAUGGGUUAGUCCAGAAGCGUGGGGGAGCCAGGACGCCUGGGUUUUCUCCCAGCUCUGGGAGGGGAGUCGGGGCUUGAUCUGUCACUUGUCUGCUCGCUCUGUUUCCACACUCCCCUAUUCUCUUCCUUUUGUAGGUUUCCGGAGGCGAUAACGGAGCGACGUUGCCCCCCCUGCUCCCGCCGGAGCGACUCUCACAUGGGGGCAGAAUGUUUAGACAAUAAAACCGAGCCCCUGAACGUG